AUGAAAGGAUUUGUUGCUGGUCCCUUUGAUAUAAUCAUUAAAGAUAACAAAUACCGGGAAGACUUUUAUAUUUUUCCAAUACAUGAUGACAUGUUGUUGGGCCUGGAUUUUCUCAGGAAAGCGGAAGCUUUAAUCAACUUGCCGGAAGAAUAUUUGCGAUUAGGGACAAGCAUAAUCAAUGAAUUAAAGCCGGAAGGGGAUAUUCAAAUUUCAGCUGUGAACGUUUGCAAAUCUUCCACAAUUCCACCAAACUCCAUCACAAGACUCGCAUGUGAUGUAAGUUAUCAAGAGGAUGUCUAUUGUCUAGAGUCGAUGGAUAAUGGCGAACUUCUGAUUGCACGCACCCUACAUGAAGGAGGCACCAAUCCUGUGGUUUGCUUAAUAAAUUUGAAUGACUUUCAUCUCAAACUGAAAGCUGGCCAGCAAAUAGCCGUCGCCCAGGAGGUAAAUGUUGUUCAACCGGUGCCAAAUGAUAUGAAUGAACAGCUUAUUGUCCGUAAAGUUUCAGCAGACAUAGGCGGUUCAGACUCUUCCAAGAAUUUGCCUGCACAACUUUUAGACCUGUUUGAGAGAUCGAUCACACAUCUAAAUGAUGAACAGCAGCUAAGGGUCAAGGAAUUGUUGCUCGAAUUCGAAGAUGUAUUUGCUAAACACGAAUUCGACUUGGGAAAUUUCACAGCUGUGGAACACAGUAUUGACACAAGUGAUGCCAAACCUGUGAAACAGAGAAUGCACACCAAUGAGAUUUGCUGCCGAAGAAGAGGCGCACUUGCAAAAAAUGCUUAA